AUGCCCGACUCGACAAACAACAAGCAUACACCACACCCCCUCGCCAACGAAGAGUCCUUUGAAAUGGACGAGUUAAACGAGAACUCGGCUCCUCCCUCGGACAAGGAAGAAAUCAUGCCCAAGGCGGUUCUGGAAGGCGAGGCAGACGACCUGAGCACAUGGGCAUGGAUUUCAGCCAUCUGGUUAAUCGUAUUAGCUGCAUGUCUAUUGUUAUUUCCACGAUUCUUAUUGUUUCUGUCGACACCACCAGGUGGCCUGGCGAGAGAGGCACUGACACCCUUGGAACAAUUCUUAUCCACCCAAUUAGGGAUUGGCCUCCUUGUAGUCUCCUUUACUCUAGUCACCUCAAUCCCUUCGCACCACCCUGCAGACGCAAUCAAAGAAUACGGUGGCUCACAAAACCACCCCCUUCUCAUCCCACUCACCUGUGGCUUUACGCUCGUCGCAUUCCUGUCGUACAACAAACCGGUUGAAGAAGUUGGCUCUCUUGGGUUUUUGGUAUUUAUAGGGAACGGGUUUUGUGCAUUGUAUGGUUCAUACCUGCUAUUAUUCAACGGGCCUACAUUGAGGUCGAAGAAAACAGGAGCGGACAAGCAUACGUCGGCUUUCCUAUUUGGAAACAAGCACGCCGCAUCGGUGCAGAAGAAGAAAUGGCGCAAGGAACACGGAAAGUAA